GCCCAAAACUUAUGCAUGAACAUCUUACUUCUCAACUGAACCCCACAAGUGGCUAAACUAUAUAAAUCCCAUUGCAAGUCAUCAAGUGUCAGCACUGGGCGAGGACACCGGAUCAAGCGAUAUUUGAAGUUUACGAGGAAAAAAAGAUGGUGAGUGCAGAGAUAAUGCAAGAAUCAAAGAGGGCCAACCCUGGAAAAGCUACCAUUUUGGCUCUUGGCAAAGCAUUUCCACACCAGCUUGUUAUGCAAGAGUUUCUUGUCGAUGGCUACUUCAGGAACACUAACUGCGAUGAUCCAGAGCUCAAGCGGAAGCUUACUCGACUCUGUAAAACGACCACUGUGAAGACAAGAUAUGUGGUCAUGUCAGAUGAGAUCCUAGAAAACUAUCCUGAGCUAGCUCUCGAAGGCGUUCCUACCAUUACCCAACGCUUGGAUAUUUGCAACAAAGCUGUCACUCAAAUGGCCAUUGAAGCUUCUCAAGAUUGCAUCAAGAAAUGGGGCAGACCUGUAUCAGACAUAACCCACUUGGUUUAUGUUUCCUCAAGCGAAGCUCGGCUGCCAGGGGGAGACAUUUACCUAGCAAAAGGGAUCGGGCUAAAGCCUGAAACUAAUCGGGUUAUGCUCUACUUUGCAGGCUGCUCGGGAGGCGUUGCUGGUUUACGAGUAGCCAAGGACAUAGCAGAGAACAAUCCAGGGAGCAGAGUUUUGCUGGCUACUUCUGAAACAACCAUUAUAGGAUUUAAACCACCAAAUGUAAAUCGGCCUUAUGAUCUAGUUGGAGUUGCACUAUUCGGAGACGGAGCUGGAGCUAUGAUGAUUGGCGCGGACGCCAUCCCCUGGGUUGAAAGGCCUCUCUUUGAGUUGCAUACUGCAAUCCAGCAUUUCUUACCGGACACUGAAAAGAUAAUAGAUGGACGUCUCACAGAAGAGGGGAUAAGUUUUACGCUCGCGAGAGAGCUUCCCCAGAUAAUCGAGGAUAAUAUUGGGGAUUUCUGCAACAAGUUGAUGAAAGUUGCAGGAAAUGGUGAAAGAGACUAUAACAAUAUGUUUUGGGCAGUCCAUCCCGGGGGACCUGCCAUUUUGAAUCGGCUGGAGAAGAAGCUCGACUUGUCGCCAGACAAACUGAACGCCAGCAGGCGUGCACUCGAAGACUAUGGGAACGCCAGCAGCAACACCAUUGUGUAUGUGAUGGAGUACAUGAUGGAAGAGAACUUGAAAGUAAAGAAAGAAGGUGAAGCUGAUACAGAGUGGGGGCUGAUUCUAGCUUUUGGGCCGGGGGUCACAUUUGAGGGCAUCCUGACAAGGAACCUCAGCGUCUGAUUGUGAUUUCAUUCACAUAUAUUCCUCAAAUCAACUAGCUUAACACUACCCCAUAAGCAAGGAAUUUGAGCCAGUUGUAUUGAGUGGCCAUUUCACAAUUACCUAAAUACAGGAUCACUUAGUUAUAACCAA